UAAGGAAACGUUUGCAAAUUUCUUAAGGAACGGUCAAAAUGUGUGCACCUUGCAUGUCUCUGUAACGGACUUAACAUCUGCUAGCUGAGUGAAAGAUAUUAAUUUAUUCAUUGUGCAGUGCACAUGCAUACUUAUAUAAUUAUUGCAACCCCCACAUGUUCUGCGUGAUAACAAACUGACAGUUGAUGGUACCGAGCGGCUCAAAAUUAUAAAAGCAUCGAGUGACAUGAUAUUGCUUGCAUUCGAUUAUAGUGUGACGUUUCAUGCACAGUGCAAAUGGACAAGCAACAAUCCGAUAAAGCAGCGGCUGCAACAAGCGAAGAAGCAGUAACACCAACAAACAACACCCUGGUUGAGUCGAUAGCGGACGACAAGGAGGUGGAGGUGGAAAUGGCAAGUGAGGAAUGGUGCGUGGUUGACAGCAGCGAAUCGCCGCCGGCAAAACGUGUGCACUUUUCCACAGCGUGCGAUACGCCAAAACGUGGCGGUCGGGGCCACGGCAUUUAUUUUGCCGAUCAACGACGCGUCAUCGCUCAGGGCAGAGGCCGCCAAAUUGAUGUGGUCGGUGUGAGCGCGGACUCAUCAUUGCAACAGUCCAGUCGCAAUAGUGGUCAGCAAGCUGAAGCAUCAUCAUCAUCACUGAUUCUGCUAGACGUGACAAACUCAUCGCAACCGAGGAUCGUGAACGCUACUGCUGCUAACAUCAACAACAAAGUUGAAAACAUUGACCCGCAGGAAACAAGCUCUUCAAAGCGGUAA